AUGGCUGCGCGCACUUCCGUCCUGCAAGAUCUGGCUGGGCAUGACAAUGCUCAGGUUAAAAGAGGUGGGUCCAUUCUGGAGCAGAGUGAGCACUUCAGCGAAGUUCGACGGUGCAGAGAUGUGAUUUGGGCUUUCCUCUUUCUGAUCGUUGCAGGCGUGGUGGUCUGCGGCGCUGUUGCGUUCAGUAUCAACUUGUGGUCCAUGGACAAGAAUUCCAAGGCGGACACCACCGUGCUGCACUUGCUGGAAGACAGCUAUGUCCAUGCCAUGCUGAGCCUCUUCGUAGCAGGCUUGGCCUCUUUGGGCUUCAGCGUCCUCUUCCUGCUCUUUGCGCAGCACAAUGCGGAGUGCGUUGUUUGGACAUGCCUCCUGCUAGGGCCAGUCUGCGCAGUGGCGUCUGGAGCAGCGAUGAUGGCAUCUUCGUGGCCAAUGCCAGGUGUCGUUGGCCUGCUGGUAUUUGGUCUUGGAAUACUACUCUUUAUAUUAGUUUUCUGCUGCUGGAAAGACUUGGUGCCUCUAACAGUCCUUCUACUCAGGACAGUCAUUCAUGUCGUGAGGAUGCAUUCGACGAUGAUAAUGCUUUCCAUAUUUGGAGCAGCGUUGGCAAUUCUUUGGUCGGUGGCUUGCUUCACGAGCCUCCUUGCAGUGUCUUUCUAUGACGAAGAGAUUGCCCAUGCCAUGAAGGAGAAGACGUCGCGCUCUCCCAUGAAGGCCCUAGUCUUCUUCUGCUUUGCCUUCAUGUAUUAUUGGGGUUCGAUUGUCAGCAUUGACACAGCCUUCACAUCUUGCUCUGGCGUCUUUGGUCGUUGGUACUUUCAAAAGGACAGACCAGACGACGCGCCAAUUUCGAAGAGUUUGAAGGUGGCUUGCACAACAUCGUUUGGCUCCAUUUGCUUUGGCUCCUUCUGCGUGGCUGUAGUCCGUGCAGUGGAAUUUGUGGUCGGGGUGCUCCGAAGAGAAGCGCAAGAGGACGGAAACAUUGUCCUAUGCUGCCUACUGGCAGUGGUGGAGUGCAUUGUCGAGUGCAUCGGAGAUAUUCUCCAAUGGGUUUGCUCCUGGGCAUAUGUGCAAUGUGCAGUGCGAGGAGUUGGCUUUUGCGAUGCCUGCUCAGCCACUUUUUCACUUUGCACAUUCGCCAAUAUGGAUGCCAUUUGCGCAUCGACCCUGAUUGAUUCCGUGCCAUAUUUGGGAGCGCUCAUCGUCGGGCUGCUUUCAGGCGGUGUGGGAUUUCUUUCAUACCAUGCAGCAGGAGCCAGCGCCUCCGGCUAUGCUAUUUCUGUCUUUGCUUGCAGCUUCUGGCUCGGCACGCUGGCAGCCUGGGCGGCGCUCAUGCCGCUGAAAGCUGGUGCGAGCACCGUCAUUGUUUGCUUUGCGGAGGAGCCUGACUUUCUGAGGCGCCAGGCUCCUGCAUUAUACGAGGCCUUUGUUCAUCACUGCGGCGAUGUGAGCUCUGAGGGCUCUCGGCGCAGCUCACGGAAUUCCUUGCAGCUGGGUGACCAAGCGCGGGACCUGCGUGCAGCGCCGCUCAUGGAGAUGGGGCCAGUAGGUCAGCGAAAGCUGCAAGUGACGGUUCCAGAAGGUGUUUUGCCUGGGCAGAUGGUGCAAGUGCGGACGCCAGAAGGGCAGCUUCUUCAGGUGGCCGUGCCUCUCGGCUACUCACCAGGUCAAGCCUUCGUCGCCAACUACUAA